CGGAAGUGACGAUGGUUUAAAAUGGCGACCUCCGCUAGCCGGCUAGCGUCACGCUGUUUUGCAGCAUCCGUUAUUUCUCAAAUAAACCAUGGUUGUGUACCGGUGGUAUCCGUCAGGCAUGUGUCGCUUUCGACAGCGUCCUCGCCCACACACCGGGGAUGGUUAGCAGCUAAUUUGAUGUUGUGGAGACACGGAAAUGCGGUGACAUUGAACCGACUGACAGUACCCAAGCGUCUCCAUGUCACCACUGACCGAUGUUUCCACUCCAGCAGCAGAUGUGCAGACAAGCAAGACUUCUACGAGGUACUGGGAGUUGCCCGCACGGCUUCUCAGAAAGACAUCAAAAAGGCAUAUUAUCAGUUGGCAAAGGAGUACCACCCAGACACAAACCCAGAUGACCCUCAAGCCAAAGAGAAGUUUGCCAAGCUGGCUGAAGCCUACGAUGUGCUGAGUGAUGAGCUGAAGAGAAAGCAGUAUGACAUGUACGGCUCGGCAGGCUUCGACCCGAACCGUGGAAGCCAGCAGCAAUAUAGAGCGGGCAGCACCACUUUAGACCCGGAGGAGCUCUUCAGAAAGAUCUUUGGGGAUUUCACUAGCGGCUUCAGGGACGUGAACAGCAUGUUUGAUCAACGACCUGAGUUUGUGAUGGAGCUGACGUUUGCCGAAGCAGCGAAAGGCAUCGCCAAGCAGCUGUCUGUGAACAUGGAAGACGACUGCCCGAGGUGCGGCGGAAAGGGCAGCGAACCAGGAACCAAAGUGUCGCACUGCCAUUACUGCAAUGGCACCGGCACGGAGUCGCUACACACGGGCCCUUUCAUGAUGCGCAGUACGUGUCGGCGCUGCAGCGGUAAAGGCAUCAUCAUAGUCACGCCUUGCGCUCUGUGCAGAGGUUUGGGUCAGGCCACAAAGAGGCAAACUGUUACAGUGCAAGUUCCUGCUGGGGUAGACAAUGGGCAGACUGUGUGCAUGUCUGUCGGCAGUAAGGAAAUCCUCAUUACCUUUCGGGUCCAGAAAAGUCCUGUGUUCAGGCGAAAUGGAACCGACAUUCACUCAGACGUAAGGAUCUCCGUGGCACAAGCCAUCCUUGGGGGCAUGGCCACCACCCAAGGCCUCCAUGAAACCAUCAGCAUACUUGUUCCCGCUGGCUGCCAAGCGGAUGAGGUGAUCCGUCUGCAGGGGAAAGGUAUUCGACGGAUCAACAGUUACAGCUACGGUGAUCACUAUGCUCACAUCAAGAUCAGAGUGCCCAAGAAAUUGACGCGGAAGCAGCGAACUCUGAUGCUAAGCUAUGCCGAGGAUGAGAAUGAUGUUUCUGGGACUGUUACUGGUGUCAAGCGGUCUGCAGCAGGGGGAGACAGUGCUUCAGGCGCUAGUGACAAGAGGAGCAGCUCAGCUGAGGUGGAGGAUAAGCAGCCACAGCAGAAGCAAGAGGAGGAGGGCUUCUUUUCUAAACUAAAAAAGAUGUUUAUCUGAAAGUAAUCAGACAGCCAAAAAAAGUCAACACGGCAAAAGAAGAUGAUUUAUUGCAGUACCAGGAGGAAGCAUGAUGAGGCAGUUCUUCAAACUGCAGUUGGGGAUCUCGUCGAGCAGACGCCAGCCAGAGUGGCCCACUGGUGAACCACCGCUACCUCAGUCUGGAGAAGACGAGCACGACUGGCCUCCACACAACAGUCUGAAGGUUGAACAGAGUGAUGGAAGGUUUGUGGACGUUCAGACUUGUAGAAAACCUCUUGUAACACCCAAUGUUUUACUGUUGUACUUACAGUGUAAUAAAUCUAAAUCUAAAUACAAGUCAGAAAUGGUUCCACUUUAAAUCAUUUAAGCUAUACACAUUUAAGUACAGUGGUGUUUUUUGGACUCUCAAGAUUUAUUUAAGUUAAAUGCAGAUCAUGCAUGUGGUCUGGUUUGGUACCACAGGGAAUGUUCUGUUCUUAGCAUGUCUUGUGCGGUUUAUAAUAGACAAGCAUCCCAAUAAAAGUGUUUGUACAUGUUGUAGACAAACCAGUGCUACUCAUGUCUGCUGUGGCUACAAAAUGUUAGUGUUUCAUGGAGAUACAGAAACUUUUU